AUGGACGGACGCAGUGGCAAGUGGGUGAACGUGGACUACACCUCGAACCGCAUCCUCGAAGAGUCCACGGCGCUGCUGCCUCCCCCUCCUUCGUCCAGUACAAUCGGAACCAGUCGCGACUUCCCGUUCGGAUCCAGCAGCCACGAGACUGCAGCUGCCACGAUGACGUCGUCGCUCUCGCCUUUGUUAUCAAGUAUCGAAGAGCCUGUGCAAUCAAGUGUCCAAGUCACGGUGAACGAGCCAAUCAAACAGGGCGAGGGCCUGAACGCCUACAUUUCGUACAAAAUCAGUACAUGCACCAGUCGCCCCCAGUUCGCCAAGAGCUCGUUUACCGUUGUCAGACGGUACAGUGAUUUUAUCUGGAUCCACGGACAUUUAAGCGCGCUGUAUCCCGGAAUUGUCGUCCCCCCGCUUCCGGAAAAACUGCUGGUCGGGAGGUUUUCUCCGGAGUUCAUUGAGGGCAGACGGCGCGCUCUGCAGUUGUUCCUCCAGCGCUGCUGUCUCCACCCGGAGCUGCAGCACAGCGAGCACCUGACGACGUUCCUCGAAGCAAGUGAAGAGCAGCUCCAGACGUUCCGGAGAGAUCCGCGGCAUGCAGCGCCGAACGCCCAGCGGGGCGCGCUAUUCCAGUGGCUGGACGAGACCGUGAGUACGCUCUCGUCGACGUGGAUCCCGUCGGUGAUUCCGCUGCCCAAGACUCCAGCAGAUGUGGAAGUGGAGAACAUGAUGGCGUACGUUGAAGGCUUGGAGCCCAUCAUGGCGGGGCUGCAUAAACACGCGCACGGACUGACGAAACGAGCGCGGGAGAUUGCGGAUGGACUGUUUGAAUUUGGCGUGUCGUUGACGCUGCUGGGCAAGUCGGAAGAGAAUCUGUCGCUGCAGGAAGGCUUGAGUCACAUCGGACAGUGUUCUGAUCGGCUCUCGAACUUAGCAGCGGAACAUGCUGAACGCGAGGCACUGCACUUUGAAGAGCCGAUCUUUGACUACAUUCGGCUGGUGGGAGCAGUGAAGGCGGCGCUGCAGAAACGACAUGAAGUGCGGGUUGCUUAUGGCACUGCAGUGGCUGACCUUGAAGCGAAAGAAGCUGCGUUGGCGAAGCUGCGCAAGCACGCUCGAGGAGCCUCGGUGGAGGAGAAGCUUCAGCUGGCGGAGAGUGAAGUGUGCUUAGCAGAGCAGACGAUGGAAGAUGCCAGACUUGCAGACGAUAUUGUCACGGAGCGAGUUCUUCGUGAGGUGGAACGCUUUCGACGGGAGAAGCUCGUGGACUUUAAGCAUAUUAUUCUGGACUACAUUCAAAUGCAGAUUGAGUACAGCAAGAAAGUGGAGGAUGAGUGGCAAGAGGUCAUUCCGAAGCUCGCGGCGAUUCAGGUAGAGAAUGGCGGACCUGUAUUGGCACCAGUGGGCCCAGUCUCACAAGAUACGGUGGAUAGUGCCCUGCGUGAAGAAGAAGCAGCAGAAGAAGAGGAGGCAGCUACUACGUCUCAUGGUCCGGUGAUACAGGAGGACUACAUUCCGUCAAAUGGAGACUUGGCGGAAAGUCUCUCGGAUCUGACGCUUAUGACAAACGAUGACGAUGAGGACGAAGACCUUUUCCAGUACUCACCAUAUGGUUCUCGGGCUACGGGCGACUUGAAUCCGGACGUGUUACUGUAA